AGUCGCCGACCGGCAGCGCGUGCACGGCGUCUUACUCCCCGGUGUGUCCCCACCACUCGACCACCUUUCUACCAUCACUGGCGAUCUCCGCUUGCGCAACGGUUCAUAACCGAAAGGUCGUCACUAUUGGCAUUUAGACGCUCUCUGACAUUAGCGUUGCAUUUAAAUGUGCGAUGCAGCUUCCUCGUUGAGCUUCACUGUCGCAACUGGAGUUUGAAAGGCGCGCGUGUUGACGUGAUCUCUGUUGCAGCAGCCGAGGAGCCGCCAGGCGCCACACUCUGCCCGCCCGCUCCCGCCGCCAUCAUGGACGCAAGGAUAGCGAUAUGUUUAUUAGUCUGUGCAUUCUACCGGAUAAAUGCCGACGUAGAUAUAAUCACAGAGCCCAGACAAGGCCAAGAAUAUGUACUAGUUAGCUCAGGGCAACAAACUCCGUUAAGAAAUUUCGAGACUUCCCAUAAAAUACCAGAAAAGCAUCCACACCACCGUAAUAUUAAGCCCGAUGAAGGUAUCGAAAAGGUAAAGAAAAUACAUAUUGGAAAAACUAGACACCCCACUGAAGGAAUCGUCUCGAUUGAGGAAGACAAGAAAGCUGUCUUCAAAAAGGGACAUAAGCUCAAAUCAGAAUCCAUUGAAAUUGAUGUUCCCGUAUCAAAGAUAGAAGAUAUAAAAAUUAAAGAAAACAUAAAGGAUGUCGACACGAAUCCUAAAAUGGCAGUUGCUCUUGAAGCUAUAUCUGAAUCCGGGAAACUAGUUAGUUCACCCGGUACGACUACUCAGAAACCUGUAUUAACUACUGCUCCACCCGCACCUGCAAAAGGUUUUGACUACAUUCCUAUAAAUUUCGAUACCAUUGACGACAUUAACAGCGGUCUGUUAUCAUCGAACGUACAACUUGAAACUGCUGGUUCAGAACAAAAACAACAUUCACGAAUUCAAAUCAAGAAGGGGCCGAAUGGCCAAGACUAUGAAUAUGAGUACAUUUACUACUAUUACGACGAAGAAGAAGGAGGCAAAAAAGAAGGAAAGGAAAAGACACCCUCCGCAGCUGCAACAACAGUUCACAACUCUCACGAUGGUCCACAAAAAGUUGAAAAUGAAAACCAAAUUCCCAAAGAAAAGCCAAGAAACCGAUACAGUACCAUUGAUAGAUCUGCUACCACCACAACAGCCACACCCGAGGCUCAGAAUGAGAUCCUUCCUGCAACUACUACUAGCAGGGGUCGUACCAGAGGACGCAACCUAACCCCAGCUCCUGUUGAGGAAGAUAUAGAAGAGGAUAGAUUGCCGUCUAGUACUAGAUUUCCUCCUCGUGGUCGUAACCUCGCUGCCGCUACCACUACAACCGUCGCUACGGAAGUAGCUACUGAAACUGUAAGACAUCGAGGUCGUCCACAUACCGACAAUACAGCUGAUGAGUCCAAUGGCCAAACUAGAAGCCGUACUCGGGCCCACAUAAGACGUCCCAGUUCCGAGUUGGUUGAUUUAGACAGCUUCAAGACGCACUCUGGAGACAUCCCAUCACAAUACAAAGAGCCACCGACUAGAUACUCAUCUGAAUCAAGAACUACCACAGAUAUCCCCGAAGUUGAAGAACUACCUGCUACCAAAGAUGAUUCGAAUGCCAAACAAUCAGCACGAGAGGGACACAGCCUUCCCGUCGGUGUUAAAUACCAAGAGAUAUUAGACGACUCAAAGUUACCUCCAGGUUACAAGCAAACCACUACAUACGAGCAAGAUACAACCGAGUACACAACGAUGACGGCUAUGGAGAAGGUGGCAUUGGAUCUGUACGCUUAUUUGGCUGGUGAAAAUUUGAACAAUGAAAUAAAUCCGACAAGCGAUAUGUAUUUUGACGGUUCGACGACGGAGAUCGAUGGUUGGACAACUGAAGCUAUGAGUACUACGGAAGAGGCGACGACGCCGACAACGACAACUACACCGACUACCACUACCACUACAACCACUACGACGACAACUACGACGCCUGCUCCCACUACAACAACAGCAGCCCCUACACGACCGUCUAGAUUCAAGGGCCGACCAGGAGCAAGAGCUCGUGUAUCAAGCUCAUCGGCCGCCACGGAAGCACCUCAAGAAACCUCUACUAGGGCAAGAGGUCGCUUCAGCAAGCCGAAUGGCCGUAAGACAACCGCCGCUGCCGCUUCAGAAGCCACACCCGAGCCGAACACAGCUGAGAAACCUGUACAUUCUAAGCCGUCAUUCGGACGACGCGGUCUGUACGCCGCAAGGACUCGGCCAAGUUCCACAGCGGCACCUGCGCAGGAGGAUAGCAAUGGUGCCCCCAGCGAGACUCCAGCACCUAGACCGCGUCUUCGUCCGGCGUUAAGGAGAACUACCACCACAAGUACGGCUGCACCUGCAGCCGAGGAUGCUCCACCGAGCGGUGUAUCUGAAGACACAGUGGAAACUACACCAGCACCGUCCAGGACCAUUGGUCGUGCCAGGCCCGGAUUGCGGCCAGCAUCACUCAGACCAGGUGCCCGACUUAAUUUGAAACCUGGUGCACGCCCCCGGCCAGGAGCUCCCGCCGCCCCUGAAGCAGCAUCAGAAGCACCUGCGGAAACAUCAGCACCUGAAGCACCAGCCACUGAUGGUGAAAGCGAGGGGUCUUCGCCAACUCCAGCGCCAGAAACCAAUCCUCGAUUGAGGUUAAGAAAUAGACUGCAAGUGUCUCCUUCACCAAAGCCAAGAGUUGCCUCCACGGCGCCCACGCGCCGUCCCAAUCCGCUACUCAAGAGGAAAUUGCCUUCCACUGAGGCUACAACAGAAGCAGCGAAGAAGGUCACAGAGACAACAGAAGAGAGCACCAGCGCAGAAAAGAGCGAGACAGAAACAGAGGAGCCCGUAGUGGAAACGACGGCAGCGCCACCGCUUCGAGGGCUCGAUGCAUUAUUCGCAAGACGACGCGCUGCUGGAAUCGGUGGGAAGCCAAUACGUCCGGCACGUGGUGCGCGCUACCAUAAAUAAAAAAACUAUAUUAACAUGACGUGACAUAGUACGGUCACAUGGAAAAUGAGUGUGCCUUAUUUAUCUAUUUUAAAAAUAGGUCUGCGAGAAUGAGGGAAAGACCUUAAGAUUAUAUUUUUAUUCACCAGGAGAGAUAGUCUAUAAUUGCUUUUAGUCGCUAAAAAGUCUUUCCAAAAUCUUGAAGUUUUUAAAUUUUGAUAUUAAUUGUCAGAGAAGCAUCAAUGAAAAAAAAAACAAGUGAUGAUACCGACCUAACAAUUUAUGAAGUACAAAAAUAUAGUAGCAAAAAUAUAGUACUAGCAUUGUAUUCGUCUCUGUUUCAGUUUCACAGAUCCUAUGCUUCAGAGACUUCUCCUUAUCUGCGCAGGCCUUAAGUAAAUAAUUGUCAAUAUUAUACACACAUAUUUAUCCAUGUGACCAAACAAUACCGAAGCAAUGCAUCAAUAUAUUAUACGGAUGAUUUACAAAGUUUUACAUAACUUUAAGUUUCAAAUAUUGCAGACUACAAUGACUUUAAACUGGAAAAUCAGCUUAUAGAGUAAAAUUUUAUGUAUUCACUGGAUCAUUGCGUUCGUUUUGUACAGUUCACGAUUUUUAGUCAAUUUAUUUCCCCAAAUUGUCUAGACGUAGAGAUUUUUAAUGUAUACUAUACUAUACCAUACUUACUGUUUCCAUUUAUUUACAGUUUCUGUUAUAGUAUGCAAAUACUCCGUAGGUUUCUAUUUUUUUUAUAAUUAUUCUAUUUUACGCCUUUUUAUUAUAAGUAUCCAAUACCUACUCCAGAAUUUGUUUCUGACUUAAUGUACAUAUUAGUAGUAAAUAAUGUUAUUAAAUAUUCACUGUAAAGAAGCAGUUUAUAAACAAAUUGAUUAAUUAUUUAAUUGAAAUUUUAUGAAUUAACACUGUAGAUCCAAAUUAUGAAUCUCAAGAAUCAUAGAUGUAACUAAAAUAUUUUUUUUUAAUAUUCUGACAAAACUAUAUCUGUCUUUAAAUCGUUUGGUUUUUAUCAUAGGUACCUAAGUUUAUAUUUAACAAAGUUGAUAAGGUUUUAAUUAUCAAUAUAAAAACGAAAUAUUAUACUCAUACUUUUCUGUAUUUAUUCUGUUAAGAGAAAUAUUAGGGCUAAGUGAAUAAGUCGUUUCAUUCAGUUCCAUAAUAAUAACAAUGGGACUUUUCAGCCGACGCACUGAUCGCUAGUGCCAUCGUGAUAUGUGUUGUAUCUUUCGUAAGUGUGAUAAUAAAUGUAAUAUUAAGAU